AUGGAUAUCCACCGCUGCCGUUUCGUCCCUUAUAACCCGCAAGCGAUCAAUGCGCUCGCCUUCUCGCAUCCUCCCUCCGCGGAACUCGCCGGACGAGGUGUCCCUACCCUUCGACUCGCGAUCGGUCGCGCGAACGGUGACAUCGAGAUCUGGAACCCCCUGCGCGGCGCCUGGUUCCAAGAGACGGUUCUCCGCGGCGGCAAGGACCGCAGCAUCGAGGGUCUCGUCUGGACGCUCGAUCCCCAGGACACCGCGGCCGACGGGUCCAAGAUCCCCGGAAAACUGCGCCUGUUCAGCAUCGGCUACUCGACCGCCGUGACCGAGUGGGACGUCGAGCAGGGGAAGCCCCUGCGGCAUUCCAGCGGCAACUACGGCGAGAUCUGGUGUUUGGCGGCCCAGCCGCGCUGGCAGCCCACGCAGCGCGGGAAGGACGGCAAGUGGUUGCCCGCCGCUGAGGGCGAGUUCACGGGCCAGCAUCUGGCGGCGGGGUGCGCGGACGGGUCGAUUGUGAUUAUGUCGACGGCGGAUGAGGAUCUGAAGUUCUUGCGGUUGAUGAGGCCGACGACGAAGAGGGCGCGAGUGCUAAGUGUCACGUUCCAGAACCGGAAUACCAUUGUUGCCGGCUACGCAGAUAGCUCGAUCCGGUUGUAUGAUAUUCGGAAUGGUCAGCAGCUGCGCACCAUGUCGCUGGGUAAGGGCCCCACUGGGGGCACGAAGGAAUUGCUGGUUUGGUCCGUGAAGUGUCUGCCGGAUGGGACGAUUGUGUCCGGUGACUCGGCGGGUGAGAUCCGGUUCUGGGAUGGGAAGAACUACGCCCUCAUUCAGCGGUUGCAGGGUCAUCUGGCCGAUACGCUGGAUGUGGCUGUUAGCGCUAAGGGCGAUACUGUGGUCAGUGGAGGCGCGGACCAGAGAACUGUGGUCUACAGGAAGAAGGAGGCGGAGAAGAAGGGCGAUAAGAAGGCGAGAUGGGCCGAGGUCACGCACCGACGGUAUCAUACCCACGACGUGAAGACCUUUGCCGUCUACGAGACGAAGGAUAUCAGUUUUGUGGUUUCGGGAGGUCCUGAUGCGUCUCCGGUCAUUCUACCGCUGCGGGAAUUCGGAAAGGAACACCACCGGAAGCUGUCGACCCUGCCGCAAGUACCUCAGCUUGCGUCCUCGCCCUCCUCGCGACUGGUCAUGAGCUUCUGGGAUCGGGAGGUCAGCAUCUGGCGCCUGUCUCGGGGCCCUACGUCUGCGCACGAAACGCCGGAUGGCCAACGGCACCGGCUGGUCGGAAAGGUCCUCAUUCAGGGCGAAGAAAACAUCACCUCCGCUAUGCUCUCCUCCGACGGAAAGAUCCUGGUUGUCGCGACGACAUCCACCGUGAAGGCAUUCUCUGUUCGCCGACGCAAGGGCGACGAAAAAGGAAUUCUACGCAUACAGAAGUUUGACGUCCCAUCCGAUCUCGCGGACGACGGAGCCCGUGUCGUUACUGUCUCCCCCGACAGCCGGUGGAUCUCUGUUAUUCGCCCGAACAGCGACAUCUACCUGGCCCGGAUUAAACCGGCCUCGUCCCCGCAGGAGAAGCCUCAGGUUCUGCCCCAGCUUGUCAAGCUCAACCGGGCUACUCGUCACAGCCGUCAUGAGAAGGCUUCCCACGGUACCCUCGGCAACUAUGAGCGGGCGAUUCGAUGCGUUGUCUUCUCCGACAACAGCAGAGUCCUUGCGGUUGGCGAUCUGUCGGGAUGCGUGGACUCUUGGUCCCUGGAAAGCGCGGAGGAAUCGACGGAGAAAUCCGCAUUGAAACGCAGCCAGGCUGCGGCUGACUCGGAUGACGACGACUCCGACGAUGAAGACGAGCAGCCCGUCAUUGAGGGCGAGCGCUGGCAGCUCACUGCCGCCGAGUCACCCAUUCCUCGCCUGAAGUCCGGCGUUGCCCUGCUGUCCUUCCGUCCCUCCAACCCAGCUGCAACGAAGCAACUGACCAACGGAACCGGCAAGCCGAACGAGAGCCUCCUCAUGGCGCUCACCAGCGAGCACCAAUUGGUCGAGUUUGACGCCCUCGAGGGCAAACUAUCGGACUGGUCCCGACGAAACCCCAAGGCCUACCUGCCAGCCGAGUUCCAAGGCGUCAAGGACCGCGCCAUGGGCUGUCUAUGGGACCUGAACGAAGAGCGGGAACGUCUCUGGCUCUACGGCACCUCCUGGCUCUGGAUGUUCGACCUCAACCAGGACUUCCCUUCCUCGGAAGAGCUCGGCGCCUCCGCCGACACCCAAGAAGCCGGCACGCCCACCAAACCCCAAGCCACUCCGUCCAAGUCCUCCGCUGCGCAGCAGCACAAACGCAAGCGCGAUCCCUUCGAAGACACCACCGCGGAGAACGGCCGCAAGAAGCCCAACACCGGUGCCGGUGACCGUAUUCCCCUCGCUCAGUCCGACGUCUUCGUCGCCCCGAAGAUGCGGAAGAUCAACGGCCCCGACGACUCCCAUAGCGAAUGGGUCUCCCUGGACAAAGAACGUCCCCGGAACCCCAACGACGACGAGGAUGAGAACGACCACGACGACUCCUACACCUCCGCCCAGGACGCCCAGCUCGCUCGUCUCCGCCGCUCCGCCCUCCAGGACCACAACGAGGAAACCGACCCCCACACGCCCCGCAAGAAGCGUCUCUCCAUCGGCCUGAAACACAUCGUCAACUCCUUCGCUGAUACCCCCGCCCCCAAGAAGACCGCUGACGCCGGGGCCCUCGUGGCGUCGGACCCGGCCAAAUCCGAACUCGGUCGCCGCUGGUGGCACACGUACAAGUAUCGUGAUAUCAUGGGCAUUGUGCCUCUCUCUUCCUCCUCUUCUACAACCUCUUCCCUCGCCGAGGACGACGAUGAAUCAGACGAUGACCUCGCAGACGAUGACACUGGGAUACUGGAAGUCGCUGUCGUGGAAAGACCGAUGUGGGACGUUGAGCUACCGGGCCGUUAUGUCCGGGACUAUGAAUAG